AGCUGGACCGAGCCCAUAGUUUGAAAAUUAGAUGAAACAGCCCACAUAAUUCGAAACCCAACUUCUUCAGGCAACCCAGUGAAUACAGAGUAGAGUAGACUUGGCCAAUUAGGGUUUUGGGGGUUUCCCUUCCCUUAUAUUCUUCCUCGCCCCAUUUUUAACAGAGCUGCGAUCCUUUUCUGUGCGAGAAAGAGGACGACGGUGAAGGGAAAACUCGGAGGCAGGGAACGCCUCGUCGUCGCAGCACGCAAUCAUGGUGCACGUCGCCUUCUACCGCAACUAUGGGAAGACGUUCAAGAAGCCUCGUCGUCCUUAUGAGAAGGAGCGUUUGGAUGCUGAGCUGAAGCUAGUGGGAGAGUAUGGACUGCGGUGCAAGCGGGAGCUGUGGAGGGUUCAGUAUGCACUGAGCCGCAUCCGUAAUGCUGCUAGAAUGCUUUUGACUCUGGAUGAGAAGAACCCACGUAGGAUCUUUGAGGGUGAGGCCCUUCUUCGAAGGAUGAACCGCUAUGGACUGUUGGACGAGAGUCAGAACAAGCUCGAUUAUGUCUUGGCCUUGACUGUUGAAAACUUCCUUGAGCGCCGUCUGCAGACUAUUGUUUUCAAGGCUGGUAUGGCAAAGUCUAUCCACCAUGCCCGUGUCCUCAUCAGGCAGAAACAUAUCAGGUUGUGAAUGUGCCAUCUUUCAUGGUUAGGAUUGAUUCAGCUAAGCAUGUUGAUUUCGCAUUGACUAGUCCAUUUGGUAAUGCUGAUGUGAACGGAAGGGUGAAGAGGAAGAACAUGAAAUCAGCAGCGUCCAAGAAGGGUGGUGCUGGUAGUGACGAUGAAGGAGAUGCUCAGGAUUAAAGCAAAUAGGUUGCCCUUGGAGUUGAACAACUAGUUUUGCUUGCUGUGUUGAAUCAUUUCAUCCCAUAUGCGUCUGUUUCUUUGAUUAGAGAACUUCAGUGGGAACAAUCUAUCCAGUCAGUCUUGUUUUUUCGUUUUGGUAUUAUAAGCACUAAGCAGAUAUUUUUCCUAUUUGGUUUUUGAUGAAUUGCGUUCGAGUUUUUGUUAUGGUCUAUUCGGUUUGUUUGAAGCUGUGUUCAUUUUGUGAAGUUGUGGUCUCAUCAGGAAUCAGGAUCAACAUUCAACACGGU